AUGACCUACUCUCUGGCGGACCGCGCAGCGGCAGAGGGAUGCCCUAUGGUGGAGGUGAGGAGAGUGGCCCUCAAUGAUGGGUCGCACGCGUCACUCAUUCUGGAGAACGGCCGCAUCUCCAAGCUGGUGUCGCCCAGCGGGGAAGUGGCCCGGCUGCAGUGGGAGGAAGACAAGCCUUCUCCCAGGCAGUCUGCCAGCUUCAUGGGCCCCGUAGCAGAAAAUGUGGCGAGGUGGGGCGCACCAAAGAUGCAAGACAAGGAGUUGUUUGUGUCUGCGCGCCAAUUCUGGGCGUCCCUGCCAGAGGCUCCAAAAGGGUCGCGCAAGGCUAAGAGCCCUGCAGAAGGCCGCAGCAGCGUGAUGGGCUGCAGCACAGCAGGUGCCAGUGACACUAGUGAGGUCACAUCGCCUUCUCCCAAGGUCUCUUCUGAGGCCAAGGCUUCGGUAGCUUGCACCACAGACCCUUCCCGGCCUGCAGCUGCCAGCACAGCCAACAUUGACUCAGGCAGCAGCGGCAGUGACCUUGAGGGUGCCCUGUCACGCGGCCCAGCAGACCAGUCCCAGCAGUGCUGCGCAGCAGAUUUUCAGCCAAGCACCAGCGAGGCAGGGCUGAGUGCUGAGCAAGACACCAGCCAGCUGGCCAGUGACGAGGCACCUUGUGCGUUAGAAGCAGCAGAUACACAAAGAAUCCCCGAGGACAGUUCAGCAGCGCCAGGGGCACAGGCUGACAGCUGCACAGCCUCCCAGCCGAAUGUACCGCAAUCAGAACAGCAGCGGCAGCAGCAGGAGGAAGCCAGGCCGCUUGCUGCAGCAGCUGAUGCAAGCGCUGCACCCUUGGGCACAGCUGCAGGUUUUGAGCCCAGCAAAAGCGUGGCAAAGGACACCCUGGAGAUGCUUCUGGGGGACGCGCCAAAACUGGACCUGCGCAGGAUGCGCGCUGAGGUGGCGGGCCUGCCGCAGUUUGUCAGCGCGGAGGAUCGCUAUGAGCUGGCGGCCGGCGCGCGCGUCAAGCGCAACUGCCGCGGUGCCGUGCCGCGGCGGCCGCCGGCGUCGUCCCCGGCCCCGGCUGCGCCGGCGGAUGCCGACGGCUGGCCGCCCCGCUCUGCCAUCUUUGAGCCUUCCUACGGCGAAUUUAGGCCGGCUGCUGAUCCGCCCGGCUCGCCUCCCACCGCCGCUCAGCCACAGCAGCAGCAGCAGCGGAAGCAGCAAGAGCCUGCAAGCAACGCAGCAUGCCAGAUCAGUGCAGAGGUGUCCAGCGGAGAGUCCGUCGCGAGCCCGGCGGCUGCGGGCAGCAGCGCCGGGACCUCCAGCGGGGACUCGGCCGUGGCGACGGGUCCCAGCACGCACAGCGUGACGUCCGCGGCCAGACGGCGCCACAGCCUUGCGGACAUCCGCCGCGCAAUCGCAGCCAUUCCCAGUGGCACCGCUGGUUUGCCCAAACAGCACACAGGCUUGGACCUCGCAUCGGCGCUUCUUGUCCCUGCCGCCAUCAGCACCACGGAGAAGACCCAGAAAAAGGCCAAGAACGCUGGCAAGCCGACGGUGUGGCGCAAGAUAACGGCGGCGUUCAAUGCCCGGCGCGUUCAGCCGCAAGACACGUCCGACACGGGCAGCCCGGCGGGCAGUGCGGGUGCUGCCCGGCCGGGCAGCCCCAGCAGCAGCUGCAGCAGCGGCGGCAGCUGCACCAAGCGGACCCUCGCACAGCGCCUCUUUGGAGGCCGCGGCUUCGGCCGCAGGGUCAGCGCUUGCAGCGAGUCCCACUCGCCCGUCAAAGAAACCCACCCAGCGGAUUCGCCCAUCGCAGUGCGGCCGAUGAAUGUGAAACUUGCGCCGCCUGCCGCACCUGCCUCUCCCGGCAGGGUGUGCGUGGAAGCUGCAGCGCGGCUGGAGCAGCGCGGGGUGAGUACACCGGGGGAGCAGGGGAUUGCAACGCCCACAAGCGUCAGCUCUCACAGGAGCACUCGAAGGAGAUCCUCGCACCAGGACAAGGCCCAACGCAACAGGACGGGGAUGGCGGGCCGGUGGCGGCUGGAGCCGUGCGAGGGUGCAUUGGCCGGCAUGGAAGAGGUGGAGGCGCUGUUGGACCUGCCCCUUCUGCAGCGCCUGGCCAUGCACCGCGCUGUCGAGCUGGAAAUCCUGGAGACCGACGAGGCGCUCACCAUCGUGCAGAGAGGCCCUGCCGUGGCGCACACCCAGAUGGAGUCUGCCAUGCACAGCCAGGUUCAUGACCGCAGCCUUUUGAGCAUGUCUGCAUUGUACAAAGACACAGCCAGAUCCGCGAAGACCGCCUCCAAUGCCAACAAGGACAUUCCCCUGAACGGGAGCGGGGCGCGCAUCCGGAGGCGUUCGGUGUACGCUAAGAACGGCGCCGUCGUUGAGGAGACGCGCGCAGACUCGCGCGAGGGUGUCCUGCGCUCGCAGCUCACCAUCUCCCCCGAUGGCCACCUUCACAUCAGGUCGCUGCAAGGGGACCCCUACGCGGCGGUGUUCCACAAGCGCAUCAAGAUGUCGAGCGGGGGCCACCGCAUCAAGGUGGAGCAGAAGUUCCAGCUGCUGGCGCCGGGCGUGCUGCCGGUCAAGUACCACUCCAUCUGGCACCGCAUCGAGGACGAGAACUCUGCCUCGAGCGCCAAUGCUGCAACGCAGCAGGAGACUGUCCUUUGA